UAAGACUUCAAACAUCAAGACAAAACCGGAAACAGAACAAAAGAAAAUGAAAGUGUCUGAAUUCCAGUCGAAAAAAUAUUGUUUUUGUUUUUCAACCUCAAGCGAACGCGUAUAAUGUUGCAGUGUUUAAACGGUGCUAUGUGAGAAAGUGUAGUCGAGCCUGUGGUAAAUAAAUCACAGAAUGAGCAAAGACUGGACCGAUGUAAAUCUGACGGACACGCGCAAUGUGUACAAUAACACGAACACUGACAGCGGCUGUCCUGCUUCACAUGGCGCUGUGCAUGGACGUCCCUGCCCCGGUACAUCUGCUCCUGUCCUCACAGCACUUCGUCCACUUAUUGUCCUGGGAAAAGGGUCCCGGCUCUCCUGAUGGCGUCCGCUUCUCCGUCCGGAUACAGACACAGAAGCUCAGUGGGACAGAAGUGGUGGUGAAGGAGUGUGAGGAUGUGACGUCUCCUCUGCGAUGUAAUCUCACAGAAGCCUUAUCCGAGGUGGAGGAGACCUAUUACAUCAGUGUGUCUGCGUCUCUGGGCAAACACACCUCGUAUUCCCACUGCCGCCCAUUCCAACCCAUUCUGAACACUACGCUGGAGCCGCCGCUGCUGUCCGUCGCCGCGUGCAAUCGUUCGCUGUGUGUGAGUCUCAGAGCUCCCGCUGAGAAACUGCACAGCGUUUACGACUCGCACAGGCUCAGCUAUAGACUGACGGUCCGCAGUGCAGACGGAGCCGAGUUUCCAGUGGACCCUAAAGGGUUGGGGAACGUGACCGUGAAGGAUCUGACCCCGGGCCGAAGGUACUGUGUGAAUGUCAGCAUCGUGGGUCGCAACACAACACACAGAGACCCGGUGUGUGCCGACAUCCCUCACACCGCUGACGUCUCAGAUGUAGUGAUCUCGGUGGUCCUGUGUCUGCUGACGCUGCUGCUGUUACUGGUGUGUUCUCCGAGACUGGUCUAUCGCUUCUUCUGUCUGACACCGCCGCUUCCAGCCGCUCUGACCUUGAUCGAGAGCGGGAAUAAAGUCCUUCUCUUCACUCCCGCUGAACUCAUCAACACACUCUUCGAGGACCCUGACUCGGUCCAGAAGACGAAGAUAAGCGGCGAGGAGGAAGACGAGGAGGAGAGUGUGACGUACGAGAGGAUCGCGGCACACUAUCUGGACGCUCGAGGCUCCUCUCUGCUCAUCUGCCCAGUGUCCGCUAGCUGCGAGUCGAGCGGCGACGUCCCCGCGAGCCUCAGCUCCUCCACAGACGCUCCGAGUCCGGUCGUGUCCGACGAGCCGACCGCUUCUCCUCAGGGAACGAGUCCUCUCCGGCGCUGGAGCAUCGCUCUGCACACACACGAGGACGACGCCGAGAGCGCUACUGACGUGAACCUGUUCUCCGUGACCUUACGAGGAGUCUCAGCUGAACCUGUGGAAACCUGCAGUGUUAUAGACGAGCUGAGCUUAUAUCCUCAGAGCCUGUUACUGACUGAUCCACAGUCACACAUCUCCACUGGGAAACACAUCUCAGAGGAGGAGGAGGAGUGCUCAGAGUACUUGAGUCGAAACUAGAUUCCUGGGAAAUUGACCAAAUCCUUUGCAUUAUUUGAGAGUAGAUGUGAGAAUGUUAAAGUUCACGCGAGCAUGUAUUCAUGUAUUUUUUAUACUGUAUUGAUUUUUUAAAUUUGAUAGUGUUUUUUUAUUAUUCCUGUUUUGAAUAGCAUUUCAUUCUGAUGGAGAUGAUGUCAUACAAACAUUAGUCUUAUUGCUGGAUGAGGAACAGAAAGUGUUUAUCGCAAACAUAAUUUCAUAUUCAUUUAUUUAGUAUUUGUUCCAUUACUCUUGGAUAUGUUUAGGUCUCAAGGACCGUUCACACCACAGACAAUAACUAUAAAGUUUAAUUAAUUGUUCUAGUUCUCUGAACAAAACUAUAAACGCAACACUUGUUUUUGCCCCGAGCUGGACUCAAAGAUCUAAGAAUAUUUCUAUGUACACAAAAGGCACAAAU